GAAGAGUUCUUCAAAGAAUAUGUUCAGAAAAGGAAGCCAGUGAUAAUUGACGGUGUUGUUCCUGGGUUGGAUAUAUCAAACUUCCAACCAGGUUCUAUUGUCGAUACCUUAAGUUAUGAUAAGCCUUUAUUGGUUGAAAAGAAGCAUAAAGGUGGCUUUGGAAGCGGUACCCAACGUAUCAAGAUGAAAUUUGAUGAGCUUAUGGGGAAGUUGAAACAAGGUGAUGAUUAUUAUCUAACAACCCAAUAUGAAGAGAAUGAUCCUGAUGUGGAAAAGAAUAUUGAAAUAUCAGACAGUGAAGAAGAUGACGAGGGAGAAGAGGAAUAUGAUGCUGAUACUUUAGAUCUAAACAAUGGUGCAGACUUCUCUGAUACAGACUCAAUUGAUAUGAAUGAUCUUCAUGACGAUUUUGAUGACAUGAGUGAAAGUGAUGACGAUGAGGCUGAAGAAACCAUUCGCAGAGUGAAAGAAUUAGUUCAAAAGCCAUUAACAAACCUCAUAAAGACUCGCAAAUUACCUUUACGUCCAAAGAUAUUAGAAAAUUUGGCUCCACAACAAAUAAAUUUAUGGAUGGGAUCUUCAUCUUCCAAAACUCCAAAAGAAAAAUCUAUAAAUAUUGAUCCAAAAGCUCCAGAUUUAGGAUUAGGUAGACAAAUAUUUGGCGGUGGUGUUUCUUCUGGUUUGCAUCAUGAUCAUUCUGAUAAUUUAUAUGUCCCUAUAAAAGGUUCCAAAAGGUUUACUAUUUUUGCCCCAAGCGAUGGUCAGAAUCUAUACACUGUUGGUGAUAUAAGAAAAAUUUACAAGACAGGGGUUAUUGAUUAUAAGCCUAAUGAGAAGGCACCAUUAUGGAGACCUGUUAGAGACGAUGGUGCAAUAGUAACUGAAGCUUACAAAUGGGCAAAGAUCAAUCAUCCAAAGUUCGAACAAAUAUAUGAUGUCGAACAAAUGGAACAAGAAGUUGAAGAUGAAGAUGAACAAUUGAAUCGCGCGGUUCCUGAUGUCGGAUUAGAUCCUCCUUCGUUCUCCAAGAUACCUGCUGCCGUUGUUCAUUUGGAUAAGAUUAAAGAUGAUAAGUUAAGGGAAAAAUUGACCAAAUUAGCUCAAAAGAGAUGGCCAAAGUUUUUCAACUGCCAAAGUCUUACAACAGAUUUAAAGCCGGGCCAAAUGCUCUAUUUACCAUCAGGUUGGUUCCAUGAAGUUUCAUCAUUUGGAGAUUUAAAGUCUGAUAAUAUUCAUAUUGCUUUGAACUAUUGGUAUUCUCCACCAAACGGUGACAAGAAAGCAUACAAGGACAAGUACUGGAAGGAUGAUUACAAGAGAACC